AUGGGGACAGAGGUUGUCAGCUGUGUGUCUGCAUAUCAGCCGCUGGAGGGGAAUAAAAAUCACCUUCCCCUGCCCCAACCUAGCUCUAGUCCAAGCUCCUGGACAGGCACAGAGCUCUCAUGGCGCUCUGGGUGAUUCUCCUCUGUACCUUGAUGGCAACGCUGCUCAGUGGACUCUACCUCCUGGGCAUGUUUCGGAGACGGGGACCUGAUGAGCCACCUCUGGACAAAGGUACCAUUCCCUGGCUGGGUUACGCACUGGAUUUCAGAAAGGACAGUUCAGAGUUUCUAAAAAGGAUGCAGAGAAAACACGGGGAUAUUUUCACGGUGCUGAUUGGAGGCUAUUACUUCACCUUCGUGAUGGACCCCUUCUGCUUUGGAGCCAUCGUGAAGGAAUCACGAUCUAAACUAGACUUUAGGAGUUUUGCAUCUAAACUGGUCCUGCAGGUUUUUGGCUACAAGCCCAUCAAAGCCAACCAUAGCAUAAUCCAUGCAUCAAGCACAAAGCAUCUGAUGGGAGAUGGACUCACUGUCAUGAUACAGGCCACCAUGGAGAACUUUCAGAAGCUGAUGCUUUUCAAUAUGAGCUCAGGAGAGGACAAGCAGGUAUGGCAAGAGGAUGGCCUCUUCCACUACUGCUACAACAUCGUCUUCAGAGCUGGGUACCUGGCUCUGUAUGGCACUGAGCCACACCAAGGGGCAGAUAACAAGGAGAAAGCUAAUGAGCAAGAUCGCAUCCACUCCAACCAACUUUUCCAUGAGUUUCGGAAGUAUGACCGUCUCUUCCCUCGCCUGGCCUAUGCUGUGUUGCCUCCCAAGGACAAAAUAGAAGCUGAACGGCUUAAGAGGCUCUUCUGGAGCAUGCUGUCUGUGAAGAAGACCUGGCAGAAGGACAAUAUCAGUGGGUGGAUAAGUGAUCAAGACCAACUUCUGGCAGAAAACGGUGCCCCUGAGUACAUGCGAGAUCGUUUCAUGUUUAUGCUCCUCUGGGCAUCCCAAGGCAAUACAGGCCCAACUGCCUUCUGGCUCCUCUUGUAUCUAAUGAAACAUCCAGAAGCUAUGAAGGCUGUGAAGGAAGAGGUGGAUAAAGUCUCAAGGGAGAAUGGCCAGGAAGUGAAACCAGGGACCCCACCAAUGAACAUCACUAGGGACAUGUUAAACCAGACCCCUUUUCUGGACAGUGCUCUGGAGGAGACCCUGAGGCUGGUUGCAGCCCCAAUACUAGUCAGAGCUGUCCUGGAAGACACCAGCCUUAAGAUGAGCAGCGGGGCAGAGUACACCCUCCGCAAAGGAGACAGGGUGGCUCUGUUCCCACACAGCUCUGUGCAGAUGAACCCAGAAAUCCACCCUGACCCUCAUGAAUUUAAGUACGACCGCUUCGUGAACCCAGACGGCACCAAGAAAGAUUUCUACAAAAAUGGGAAAAGGCUGAAAUACUUCAACAUGCCUUGGGGGGCAGGAGUAUCCAUCUGUCCCGGGCGCUUCUUUGCUGCUGCUGAAAUUAAACUGUUUGUGUUCUUGAUGCUGAGUUACUAUGACCUGGAGCUGGUCAACAAAGAAGAGGAGAUCCCAGUGAUAGACAUCAGCCGCUGGGGAUUCGGGACAAUGCAGCCUGUUCGUGACGUUUGGUUCAGAUACCGGCCACGCUUUUAA